AAAUAAAAAAGUGUUUUGUCGUGAUGGUGCACAUUUGAACUCAUCACGUGAGCAACUAUCUUUGAAUUCAAGUCCAAGAAACAAUUUAUCGAUGAGUGAAAAUGUCUUGACUGAGUAUGACUUAAUGAGCCCUGAAGCUCUUGAGAACCUAAGAAGAGAUGUUAUAAAUGACUUAUCUGACAUGCAAACCAGACAACAGCCAACAUGGCAAGAAAGGGAAGCAAUUCGAGCAUGGGGAUCCACUGACAGAACACGAAUUUUCAAGGAACUAGUUUCCAGGCAGCCACUUUAUCAUUCCAAAUGUGAUCAGUGUCAUCUUCACCUGAAUGCUGCUGCUGUAAGAUGCAUGACUUGCAAGAAACAUCUCUGUCACAAGUGCGAUACAGGCUCUCAUUUAACUAUGCCAUUUCACCGACGACUCUUGUGUUCUUCCGACACAUUGCAAAUUUUGCUACCAGAACAUUUCAUCGAUCCCAAGGGCAACAUUAUAAUAAAAGAUGUAUGUGUUCCAUGCUUCGUACCGCAUAUGUGUUACAAUGUCGAAUGCGAAGGAUCCAUGUUACUCAUUCCAAAUCUUCAAGAAUCAAUCGUGGUGGUCAAUGAGAGUGGUCGAUUUCUCAGCCACAAUCGAUGA